CAGCUACAAAAACAGAAUGACGUCAAGGGUUAAGGUCAAUUUGCAGACGCCGGUUAGUUCCGCCUGCUGAACGCUGCUUCAUUUAAGCGUUUCGUAAAAGGAACAAAACCCAAACACUCUAACAGGUACUUGCCACUAAACCAGCGACGACACAGGGUCAAGUUAGACCAUGGCUCAGCCAACUGCCUUACUUUGGCGACAGCUGAGGCACUUGCAGACUAACAGACUUGUCGCGGCCACAGCAACACUCCCCCUUAGGUCUGGGCAGCGUCGUUGGAUGACGACAACAUCGGAGACAACUGAAAAUGAGCAGGCGCGGUUCCAUUGGAAGGACCUCCCUUGGCAAGCCAUCUCUAUUGGUGUUGGAAUAGGAACCUUGCUGUACAAGACCCAUAAGGGCGAAGAAAUGGAGCUCCGCAGAAACAACCUUGCGUACGUCAACAACCAACUUUCCAAGCUGUACGGCCCUCUAUACGGUAAUAGGCUGGCCAAUCACAAGAGCUACAAGGAGGCGCUUCAGGGCCACGGCAACCUGGUGAAAUUUCUCCAAGAAGCCGAGAAGAAAUGGCGAGACCCGAAGACGAGGGAUGAGGGGGCACGCCUGUUAACGAGAUGGCGAAAGUUUCUGUUUUACGUCAUGCACCCGUUGGAUCUCAAGGCUGAGGAAAUCAUCCGUGACAACGCACAUCUGUUCGAGUACGGCGUCGAGGAGGCAGACCUCUUUAAGAAUUUCGUCUUCCACGUCAACUACGAGAAGCUGAUUGUGGCUAAGUGGCAGGAGAUGGGUGAAGUCAUCGGCAACAAGGAAGUCCUCGAAGAAGGGGACUUCUCUCGGGAGAGAAACGGCGGAAAAUCUGACGACGAGACUUUUCAGAUGCACGCUCGUGUAGUUCAUCAUGUGAAGGAAACGUACGAGAAGCUUGUGGAAAGGAAAAAGUCUCUGAUGCGAGAAAUAGAGGAAAGGGGCGGGCAUUGACAAGAUAAUCACUCGGAACUUAAUUCACACAGGUGGCUUAACUUUGGGAACGCACUGAUAGAAUAAUUUUGCCUUAUGUAAUUGUUGUUGAUUGUAAUGAUGGGGACGAUGGCAGUUACCGAUAUAAUGAUCAACUUUUAGACUUGAAGAAUUUAUAUAUAAUGUCAGUUAAGUGACUAGUAAAAGACUUGCAGACGAGCACUCGCGCGUACCCUAUGAGGACCAGCAACACAACUCUAUGCAAAUGCUAUGCUGGGUUCUUGUAUAUGCCCAUUACAUUUUGAUUAGCACAUUGUAACACAUUGUUUACUACUCGGGACUUUUUUGGGUGCUUUAGAUUGUUAUUUUGCUAACUUCAUUUUCAAAUUGGCUGUCAAUUAUUAUCGUGCAAUAAAGUUUCGGUUGAUAAGUUGA